AUGAAGUGGAGCUCGUGCUUGGCUUUCUUGGUGUGGCACUCCGGCGCUCAAGCCGUCGAUGGGAUUGUGGUGCCCUUCUGCUGUGGCUUCAUUUUGCACCCGAGGGAGGUGAAGCAGAUGAUUCGGAGAACACUAGUAGCGUGGAUGCUACUAUCAAAGAGGAAACGCCGACUCGAGAAAAUCGCAAAUCAGAAGGGAUCCUCCCUGCAAGUUUACAGCUACAGCGAGCUCCGCACCGCUACCAACAACUUCUCCGAGCGGCUGGGCGGCGGAGGUUUCGGCACGGUAUACCGCGGCGUCGUGAACGGGCGCACCCAAAUCCAAGUGGCUGUCAAGAAACUAGAGGGCCUUCGGCAGGGCGACAAGCAGUUCCGGACGGAGGUGAACACUCUUGGGCUCAUCCAGCACGUCAACCUCGUCAGGCUAGUCGGAUUCUGCUCCUCCGGUGGCGACGAGAAGAUGCUAGUCUACGAGUACAUGCCCAAUGGCUCCCUCGACUCCUACCUCUUCAGGUGCAGCUUGUGCCCGAGCUGGCACGACCGCUACGGCAUCAUGCUCGGCAUCGCCAGGGGACUGUCCUACCUGCACGAGGGCUGCCGCGAGCGCAUCAUACACUGCGACAUCAAGCCCGAGAACAUACUGUUGGAUAAGGACUUGUGCCCGAAGAUCGCCGACUUCGGGAUGGCGAAGCUGGUGGGGAGGGACUUCAGCCGGGUCUUGACGACGAUGCGGGGCACCAUUGGGUACCUCGCCCCCGAGUGGAUCUCCGGGCUGCCGAUCAGCGCCAAGGCGGACGUGUACAGCUUCGGGAUGGUGGUCUUCGAGAUCAUCUCGGGGCGGCGCAACGCCGAGAGCUACGCCGACGGCGACGGCGAUGGCACCGAGGCAGGGGCAGCAGGGCAACACCCGCCCACGUUCUUUCCGGUCUGGGCCGCAGCGCGUGUGGUGGAAGGGGACACGGUCGCCGUGGCGGACCCACGGCUGCGCGGCGACCUCGUCGAGGGGGAGCUAGAGCGCGCCUGCCGGAUAGCGUGCUGGUGCAUCCAGGACCAGGAGGAGCACUGGCCGACCAUGGCGCAGGUCGUGCAGGCGCGGGAGGGCUUCGUCGACGUCUCCGUGCCGCCAGUGCCCCGUGCACUCCAGCACCUCGCGACACUUACAUAAGACGCCGUCGCGAGACAAAUGUAUUCACUGCUGUACACAGCUGAAGCUGACAAAUUAAAUAGUGCCACUCAAUAUACUACUGCACAUUUCUGGCCGACCUGAUGGUCCAGUCAAA